ACAAAUCUGAGCAUGAAAUCUGAAUGUUAAAUCCAUCGCACAGAACACGUCAAACUACUGUUUCGCUGCUUUUGUUCUUCUACUGCAAGUCUGUAAACUAGUGCUGUGUGAAAAGAGAGAGAGAGAGAGAGAGAGAGAGAGAAAAGGGGGGAGACACGCAGACAGACGAACAGAGGGCAGCGCGCCGUGCUGGCACAGUGAACGGUCCUGCAAAGUUCGCUUUCUGACGGAGGAGCGUUCAGUACGGUUUCACAGCGCGACUCGUGGGGCGAUUUUCACUUUUACUUGGCCAAAAUGAGACCUUUCUCCUUGCUGGUGUUUUCAGGGAUUUUUGUCUGUUUGCUUUUCCCUCUGACAAACUGUGAAGAGAAGCGAAUCCCAGAAGAGAAAUUUCUAGUUGUGACAGUUGCAACCAAAGAGACUGAUGGCUUCAGGCGUUUCCUGAGGUCGGCUAAACACUUCAACUACACUGUCAAGGUUCUUGGCCGGGGUCAGAAAUGGAGAGGAGGCGACUACAUGGCGGCUCCAGGAGGAGGCCAGAAAGUACGGCUCCUGAAAGCCGCUCUGGAGGAGAUGGAGGAUCAGGACAAAAUCAUCCUUUUUAUUGACAGCUACGAUGUGAUUUUCGCCUCGGGUCCUAAAGAGCUGUUGAAGAAGUUCCAGCAGGCAAGACACAAGGUGGUGUUCUCCUCUGAGAGCCUGAUCUGGCCCGACAGACACCUGGAGGACAAACACCCCCAUGUCAGGGAGGGCAACAGGUUCCUAGGCUCAGGCGGUUUCAUUGGCUACCUUCCCAACAUCAAAGAAAUGAUAGCUGACUGGACAGGAAAAGACAACGACAGUGACCAGCUGUUCUUCACCAAGAUAUACAUUGAUCCAGCAAAAAGAAAAUCCAUAAACAUCACACUGGACAGCAAAUGCAGAAUGUUCCAGAACCUUCAUGGAGCCCUCGACGAAGUGGUCCUGAAGUUUGAAGAUGGUCGAGUACGAGCCAGAAAUUUACUGCAUGAUACCCUGCCUGUCGUCAUCCAUGGGAAUGGGCCAACCAAGCUUCAGAUCAACUAUCUGGGUAACUACAUCCCCAACACGUGGACAUUUGAGGCUGGAUGCACAGUGUGUCAUGAGGAACUGCGUCCUCUCACAGCUCUAAAGGAGAGUGAAUAUCCACUGGUGGUGAUUGGAAUCUUCAUUCAACAGCCCACCCCUUUUGUAACAGUGUUCUUUGAACGCCUACUGAAGCUUCAGUAUCCCAAGAACAGACUCAAGCUGUUCAUUUACAACCAGGAAACUCAUCAUGAGGGUCACGUCAGCUCUUUCCUGCAGGAUCACGGAAGCCUUUAUCAGGAUGUCAAAUUCAUUGGGCCUGAGGAGGAGAUGAACGGAGCUGCAUCCCGCAACCUGGGCUUUGACAUGUGCAGGAAGGACGAGGACUGUGACUAUUUCUUCAGCCUGGACAUUGAAGUGGUCUUAAAGAACGAGAAUACACUCAAAAUUCUCAUUGAACAAAACCUUCCUAUUGUGGCACCCAUGAUUACUCGAGCUGGUCGACUGUGGAGCAACUUCUGGGGAGCCCUCAGUGCAGACGGAUACUACGCCAGGUCUGAGGACUAUGUGGACAUAGUUCAAGGACGCAGAGUGGGUGUGUGGAAUGUCCCAUAUGUGUCCAGUGUGUACCUUGUGAAGGCCAGCCUCCUUCGAUCCGAGCUCACUGACUACGAACUCUUCAACUCACACAUCUUAGACCCUGACAUGGCAUACUGCCACAACAUUCGCAGCAAGGGAAUCUUCAUGUAUGUAACCAACAUGCAUACUUUUGGUCGUAUCCUGUCAACAGAAAACUAUCAGACCGGCCAUCUCCAUAAUGAUCUGUGGCAGAUCUUUGAAAACCCUGUGGACUGGCAGGAUCGUUACAUUCAUGAGAACUACACUCACAUCAUGAAAGACAAGUUGAUCGAAACGCCUUGUCCCGAUGUGUAUUGGUUCCCAGUUUUCUCUGAAGUUGCUUGUAACCACCUUGUUGAGGAAAUGGAACAUUUUGGGAAGUGGUCAGGUGGAGGCAAUCAGGACACCAGAAUCCAAGGUGGCUAUGAGAAUGUUCCCACCAUCGAUAUCCACAUGAAUCAAAUCAACUUUGAAAAGGAAUGGCACAAGUUUUUACUGGAGUACAUAGCGCCGAUAACAGAGAAAAUGUUUCCUGGUUACUACACCAAGUGUGCCACUCCUUUGAAUUUUGUGGUGAGGUACAAACCAGACGAGCAGCCCAGUCUCGUCCCUCACCAUGAUGCCUCCACAUUCACUAUUAACAUAGCUCUCAACAGCAAAGACAUUGACUACCAGGGCGGUGGAUGCAGGUUCCUCCGCUAUGACUGCUCCAUUCAGGCCCCUCGUAAAGGCUGGGCCCUCAUGCACCCGGGCCGCCUCACCCACUACCAUGAAGGCCUGCCUACCACUGCCGGUGUCAGGUACAUUGCAGUGUCCUUUGUGGAUCCCUGAACUCCCAAAGAUGGCACACGUCACCGGCUACUCCAGACCAAACGCGACGCACACAGCUGUUCUUUUAUUUUCACAUUUUCAGUGGUGACCAGUUUGAAUGAUAUCAUUUCUGUCCCAUUUAAAGAACUAUAAGCAAUUUGUGACUGAUCAACCUUUACUGACAGAUUAUCAUUGCUAUAUGAUGUAAAUGAAACACGAAAACACUUAAUAAUAAUGGAAGAACAUUGCAUGAACAUGUUAAUCACCAAGUUAGAGAUAAAUUGGAUCAAAAGUAACACUUCAUCGAAAUCAUGAGGUAUGGGUAUGGGGUAAACCAACAGUACCAGUUACCUGCUGAGCCGGAACACAAGUAACUUGUGCAGGUAAAAUGCUAAAAGGGAAGGGCACACAUCAGCUGAGUACUAUUGCACAUGGGAAACAAGUUGUAUAAGGCCUUUAGAGACUCCAGGAGAUGCUGUGUGAAGUCUGAUAGAUGUCCUCAAGUGAUGUCACCUGAGUCAGUGUUGGUUGGGGCUGAAGACUAUGAGCCUGAAAAUGAAAAAUAAUGUAGGUGUGAGAGAGAAGUUGUUUAAGCGACUUCUUGUCAUAUAACACUUAGCGAAUCGAAGGACUGAAAGCUUGUUGUCGGGAGUCGGGUCCCACAUGCUAGCUAGCUUACAGAACAGACUAACUCUCCUUUCGCGUAGCUGCAGCAGUCAACAUGACCAGACAUGUAGUUAUUUUGACUUAUUCUGUACCAAGCUGACGGCCAUGUUGGUGUUGAAGUAUACUAUGAGAGCAAUGAGAUGUAGUUCACGAAGUAGUUUCUCAACAAACUUUCUUGGCUUGCAAUCGACCAACAAACCAUCCAACCAACAACAUGAUCAAAAACUUGUUUGUGUCUCUACACUAACUACCAUUCACAUUUUUUUCCAAAAUAAAAUCCCAUGGAGGCAUAUUGGCCUCUCUAUUCACUCAACUUUGAUUGCACUUUUCUUUUUAAUGACAUUAAAUGGUACUGACUUUUAUCAGCUUGUUUCAAACAGCAACAAGCCUGACAUUAGAAGAUAUGUUGGCUCUUGUAACUUCAGCCUGACUACCAGCUAUCAGGUAUUAAUAUGAAAUGGGUUCAUUCAAAGGCUAAAUGGACUUCUGACACAACAUGAAACUGGAACACUUGAUCAGAAAGUAGGCCACCUAGUCAUCUUGUUUCCUGGGGGUAAAGGCUCACACACACUUGACAUGCUGGCGUCAUCAAUGUUAAUUGACUGUACAACAAAAUACAGAAGAGUAUUUUUCUUGUUCUCUGAGAAAAUGGAUGUGUUACUUUAGUCUCAGUUCUAGACUAACUUCUGGAAUAAUGUUGCUUUUUGUUACUAAACAACAAAGCGUUCCAUCCUCCUGAUGCAAAUAUGCUACACACAUUGCUCACUUGGAUCAGUGUCCUCUAUGCAACAGUAUUCAGGCAAACUUUACUUUGGGUAUGAGUCUUACAAAUUCUACUGCCCAACAGUACUACUACACCAUGACGUGACCAGAGGUUGAACAGAAAUCUGUGCUACAAACUGGGAGUGUGAAAUAUGCUGGGCAACAGCAUGAACAAAAAAGGGCUAUGCAACUGCAUUAUGGGAAAUGUAUGAUCCAGUGUUUUUACAUCUGAACAGAUGAUUUACCAGCUGCCCUUCAGUUAAAAUGUCAUCAUCAUUGCAUAUAGAUCCACGUUGGUGCAGCCGGUGGGUCAGUCUGAAGGCUCCUGUUUGGUCUGGAGUCUAUGAUGUGGAAUAAUUAUCCAUUUGAUCCUGUUGUGCCUUGAGCUGAACUUCUCUCAGGAAGUCACCAGGAGUUCUGCUUAGAUUUUUUAGAAAUGCUUGAGAAAAACUGUCUUGUUGAAUUCGACAUUUUUUUCUGUAUACAAAGCAGUUGUUUUCUAUUUCAAUCUCGAACUGAGACACUCCAAAGCCUCUCUUAUUUAUUUUUUUGUAUGUUUUAUUUGAUAAAAUCCACACUGCUUUAUGUAGGAGCAGCUCACUUUUUCUUGUGCACUCACUGAUGUUGUUCAGCUGAGUUUCUAAAAAGUGUAACAUACUCAUACAGUUGUCAUGUCUUUCCAUUACAGACUAUCAUUGUGCUUUGAACACAGCCUGAAUAAAACAGUGAACCCAA